AUGGGUCAGUGCACAUUAUUCAGCGCAGACACAAGCAAGUCAGACAAGGCCCAGUCCUUUUCGGACUCGUUUGCCUUGCCAAGUCACAACAUCACUAAGGGCAACAAGACAUCAGGCGGCAAGGCGACAAAGCAGAUCAAGCGCCUCGAAGCCCUCUACGACGAAACCUGCAGCUUCUACCUGCAAUCGAACCUUUCCAGGUCGAUAGCCACGGCCCUGGACCGGAAGCGCCGACCGCGCAUCAGCAAGCUCGUGCUCCUCGGGCUCGGCAGCCUCGGCACCUCACGCGACCAGGGCCGACGCAUCAAGCAGCUCGUCCUCUUCGUCGCCCUCGCGUUAUUCAUCACGUCGACGUCGGAGCCCAAGGAGGCGUCCGUGUCGCUGUACGUGCAGGAUCCAAUGUUCGACCGCACAGACGAGGCGUUCCUACAGAACAUGGGAUUCAAGGUGCUGCACACGCCGUCGCCGUACCAGCUCGGCGAGGCGGGCGACGUGAUCGACGACGAGACGCUGGUGUACACGCCGCACCUGCCGCUCAUGGCAUACAAGGCGCUAUUGGCUUCGUCGACGCAGGGGGCCGGGGGCGGUGAUGGGGUGAAGGGAGGGCUGGAGGACGCGAUGCCGGUGUUGAUGAGUGAUGAUUUUGACGGGCUGCGGCGCAAGUGGGACAAGCAGACGGAAGAGUUCCGGGACGUGGAGAUGCUGACGAAACGGCUGAGAGGCUAUGGCUAUAGGCGACGGGCGAUAGGGGCAGGGGGGUUCUGGGUGGAGGAGGACGCUUCGUUUCCCAUGGCGCUGUACACCAAGGUGGUUAAGGUGGUCUGA